AUGGCCCAGAGCGCGUGGGCGGUGGGGCGAUUCGCGAGCCAGCUCGAGACUGCCACUGCGGUGGAAUCACAAGCGCGCGAAGAGCUGGAGGGGUUCAACAAGAAGCAUGGCCCGAAGGAUGCGCUCGAAGCGGAGCGUGAACAGGUAGAAGCCGCGCUCGAAGCGGCGAAGAGGCGCGGCGAACUCCUCGAAAAGCAGAAGUCGAUCCAGGGAGACAUCGCUUCGCGCGAAGAGAACGUGCGGCUGCUCGAAGAGAAGCUCGCCGCGCUCUUCGAAAACCUCGGUGAUGACAUCGACACCUUGCUCGGCCACCUGCUCGACGAUCCCGAGGUCGAGCGCAUCGAGCGUGGUUCGAAAGAUCUGCGCGAAGCGGAGGAGAAGCUCGCCACAGCUCGUAAAGAGCAUGAGCCCGCUUUCCUCGGUAGAUCCAAACUCGACCAGGUCGCGGUUCGCGUGGGUCUGGCGCCAGGGAGCGGUGUGGACGAGAUCCUCGACGCGCUGAAGGCGCGCUAUGCCUUGAAGGAAGAGGAGGUGGCGGAACUCGGCAAGAAGAUCGAAGAGGCCAAGGAGAAGAUCGCACAGCACAACAACCUGGUAGAAAGGGGCUUGGAGGCGGACAUCGAAGAGGCGCGAGCGCGCUACAAUCGGUUGGUUUUGUUGAAAGAGGUCGCGGGCGGCGAGCAGAUGCAGGAGAUGAAGCAGCGCCUGAACCUCGGUGUGUUGCUAAAGAACACGAACGCGCGCCUGAAGAGGCUCACGAGCGGGCGCCUCGAGUUAAAGCAAACGACAUCCUCGAACACCGCGGAGUUCGACCUGAAGGAUCUGCAGGCAAACCGCACUGGCUCGCGCUACACGUUGUCUGGCGGAGAGAAGUUCCUCGUGUCGCUCGCGCUCGCGCUGGGGCUUCGGGACAUGCAGGGGAUGAACGCCGAGAAGAUGCCACGCAGCAUGUUCAUCGACGAGGGCUUCGGCGCGCUCGAUGGCGAGCGCCGCGCCGAGCUGUUGGAGGUGCUCGCGGAGCUCGGCGGUGAGAAAGGUACCCAGCUCGGGAUCAUCUCGCACGUCAGCGAGAUCAAGGACCAGAUGGAUGUCUCGAUCGAGAUAGAGAAGGUGAACGAGCAGUCGCGGUUCGCACCGGAAAACGCGGCGAACUGA